CAUUACCAUGAUGGACAACAUUUAUGUGAAAGGUUUAGAAACCUAACCGAUGAGCCAGUACUAGAGUGUGCCCAAAACAAUUUAAUCAUGGGAAUGGUGGGGACUGUCAUGGAUGAAGUUUAGUAUUCUAUGAAAGCACUUGUAGAAUUCAUUCAUCAUACAUAAUACUAACACGGUUAGUCAUGCAAUGAAAGAGAAACAAUUGCAUGAUGGUAAAAUUCCUAGGAGGUUCUCUCAUCCCGGGAAAUCUGAACACAACAGAUAAUGAUUCCAUCAUUACCAGAUUAACGGGAAUCGCCCAUUUCCCCUCGUCGAUUCUUGGAUUAGCAUUGCCUUCAAAGGAUUUUUUUUUAUGUUUUGUACCUGGACGACGACAUGUGCAUCACAAAAGGCAACUACGUUACUAUUGUUGCAGUGGAACACGCCGUAUCGAAUGGUCUUCCCCAGUGGUUCUGGUGGGGCUGCUAUGCAUUAAAUGAAAAAUUCAUUACCUCUUUUAAUAGUAAUAAGAACUAUUACACCACUUUUUACUAUCUAUUGAAUUUUGAUACAUGCGGUACUCUUGCAAAGCAGUUUCUAUGCUUCGCAUUCAAGACUAUUCCGCGACUUCGCAUCAGUAUCGGAGGAAUUGCGAUCAAUCCCCGAGUUGUUCAAAUUAGGACCAUCGUUCGUCAAAUGAGGACCAUACAUUUCAUCGUGGUAGAUUAUGCCAUGGAAUUUCAACAUGUCAACUACAAAUCGGUUUCCGCAAGUGAACAUGCAUCGUUCAAAGUCUGCCCCAAACUCAAUAUCGUUAUAUUUGUAGCUUUGUAAAGCUUGGAAGGUGCCCGACAGCUGAGGAUCGAUCGCUUCGACAACAACAACAAUCUCACUAAGCUUGCUUUCAAUGUGUCUCUGAACCUGCUCGAGUGUCACCGGAGUUGUAUCUGGCAUUUCGAAUCCCCUAUGGGUGCCUUGUAUUGGGUAAUCAUCCUGUUCUUCAACGAUUUUUUGGUAUUUUAAAUGUGCCAUUAACCGCUCGUAUGUGCCGAAACCCUCCCCACAUACUGGGCAAAUGAUUUCCUCGCGAUUGGCAGUUGCAGAAUCUACACUACGCAGCGUCAAUCCAUGAUUACCCUCGGUGAGUGGCAUAGAAGAAGGCGACAAAGCACUGUGAUGGUCAACAUGGUGGAUGAUGUUUGUUGGCGCCGACGGAUAGAGAACCCCUCCCAGAUCAUCGUUUGGUUCGAGCAAUCUCAGUGGAUGAAACUUCAUC